AUGCUUGGAGAAUCCUUCCUAAUUGAACUCCUAUACAAAGAACAAGUUACAUGUAAGAAAACCUCAAAUGAUGAAAAGGAAACUUGGAAAAAGCAACUUUUAGAUAUAGAGAAUAAUUCACUUUCCCCUGAUAAAAUGGAAAAUGAAAAUAAGGUCAUGAAAGAAAGUAUAACAGAGAAAAGUAAUGAUACAAGUAAAAUAAAAUCUGUGGAUGAGAUAACUGUAGCAAAAUGCAAGACUGCCUCCUUUCUAGGGAACAUGUCUGCUGCACUGCCCAUUCCAAAAAGAGAACAACAUGAUGAAAAACAACUAGAUUUAUACCGAUCUUAUUCAUGUACAAGUAUUUGCCAGAAUUAUCCUGAUCUACAGAUUGGAGGAGACCAUGUAGGUAACAUGUAUGAUUCCGGCUGCUUUGUGGAACACAUACGUGAUGAUGCUCUUAGUGGUCCUCUUUUGCUUUCAGGAGAUAUACCGUUAGGUCAUUCUCCCAUCAUUGAACCUCUAGAUAAACUACCUACCUCAAAGCUUUUGAAUGGCGAUGAAAUUCGAGAAAGAAGUAUGUUGUCUCAUAAACAGCCUCUCUCUAAUUCUAUGCUUAAUGGUUAUAUGGAGAAAAAAGUGGAUGAACUCUACAAACAGUUUUUGGAAGAAAAUCUCACUCAGUGCUGCUCCAUAACCAACCUUAUGGCUUCCAAUUUGUUAAUGAAUGAUAUAAAUCAGAUUAGCCUCCAAUUCUCUCAAGAGCAGAACAUAGAGGCAUUGAAAUUUCAGGAAGUUGUUCUACAUUCUUUAACAAGAUGUAAUCUCUGUAACAUUUCCCAUGGAAAUAGUUUUGAAUUCAGCACUCCUAAUUUACAAAUAUCAAACCAGAGAAGUAGAGAACUUGUACCACAUCUACAAUAA